UAUUCAAUAUUUUUUGAAGCUUUUAAAUAUAAAAUAAUAACAAAUCAGGUUUUGGUAUGGGAAAAUCGGGCUGCAAUGAAUUCAGUUGUUACUUAUUGUCUAAUUUUCGCUUUGUUGAAGCUACUUUUCGUGGUCCCAGCAAUGUGUAAGAACCACGGACAACCGGGGGUAAAAAAGACCGAGAUCAAAAAUAAGUCCAUACAAGAAGAUAGUCAGGAAAACGCAUCGGACGUUGAGGUGCAGGAUGUGCGGCAGAGUAAAACUGAGAUGAAAGAAAAGGAAGCAGCGCGAGAAAGCAGUGGUACGAGCAGUGAUCCACAGAAGAGACCAAAUAAAGCAACAGAAAAUAAAAAACCCAAACCAAAAUGUAAAACAAACAAGUCCAACACGACGACAAAAGGUUCAGCUAGUAACGCCAGUCAGUCAGACGCUCAAGUGGACAAAGGGAAAGCCAUCAAUGAAUUGAAUACAAAAAAUUAUACCGAUUCCAGCGAAAUAGACUUACCCAUUAAAUUUGACUCGGCGAACAAGUUCAGUUUGCCUACGGACACGACCACACGCGAUCAAUCGGAUCAAACACAUACGGAAUCGGAGAUGGCUUAUAACGGUUUCUUGUACGAUGUGUUCAAAAAGCGUUUAAAUCAAGUGUUUCACGAACUCUACAACAAUGUCAACACGCCGGCAGUCACACAGCCGCCAGUACAGAUCGAGUUCGAAAAUGACAAGCCGAAGAAACGCUCUGCGGUAAGCAAUUGCCUGUACGAAGAAUUCAAGCGACGUUUGGACAAAUUCAAUAUGGAAUUUGUAGAGCCAGCGAAGGCAAUUAAACGUACAAGCUCUGCUAUUGCUCUUUCGACCGCUGAUCGGGCCAACAGCGAUAACUUAUAUGAAGAAUACAAGAAGCGACUCGAUAAACUAGGCAAUGAGUUGGGGUUUAUUGGCGAAAAAAUAUACGAUCGCAGUGGCCGCGAUGCGCCCGGCAUGUUGCCUGUUACAACGUCGGAAGCCAAAUGUAGUAAAGCAGACAAAGUUGAAGUACAAGACUUCUAUGAAGAAUAUAAACGCAAGCUAGACGAAUUGACCCGCGAACUAUACAAGGAGAGCAAUGAGCGCUUAUGUCGCACGUAUGGAGAGGUUGACGAACGUGAUCUUACCUCGCCCACCUUACAAAGACUCGUGGCUACGAUACAGAUGGAUGAUGCCAAGGCAAUGCCGGGAAAUAUGCGCGAUGCGCCGGGUAGUUUUGCGGGCUCCGCAGCGCUACUUCAGAUCGAUAAAGCGAUUGAUAAAUUGAAUAAACAGGAAGAUAAACGUAGCUUAGAUGCCAUGGACCUAGGUGCGACAAUUUUUGGUGCUGACUCACUUAAUUUCAUGGCAGGUGCGGCGAAUGGCAUGGGUGCAGCAAAUGGUGCUUCAUACCCAGCGGUAUUGACGAAAUCGGCAGAUGCGAGUUUGGGUUUGCUGGGCAGUACAGAGCCGAAAAAUCUACUCGCUUCGGUGGCCACCAAAAUGAAUAUGACGACGCUGGAUUUGGCUAAAAAGUUGGCGGCUAUGUCUAAUCCGCUGGAUUUCGUAGCCAAGAAGGAUCCACAGCUGGGUGCGGAAAUGCACAAAUUCAUCGAUAUGGCGGUGCACAGUAAAUUGGAACAAAAUCCAAGUCCACAACCUAACCAAGCACCUAGCCAAAAUCCGAGUCAAACUCCUGUUGCUAAAAAGUCACCGCUAAAUGAAGUCACUAUAGUUUCGGGUCUGCCGUUAUUAGGGCCGGAUUCAUCAGGUGUGCCUGUACCGUUAAUGCCACACGAUGCCCAGUCAUAUGGUUUGAUUUCAGAAUUAACAGCCCGUUCUGCACAUGCUGCUCCUUCCACGCCUGCAAUUACAAAAACUACAAUUGCGCCUACACCCGCUCAAGAUCAGGCCAAUAAUAUUGGAUCACCUGUAAGAUACCCAUCAACGCUGGCAAACACACAACAACCAAAUGACGCAGAGGCAACACGUAUAGCUGGCGUGCUUGACAAGGUGCUCACCAGGCUGGAGAGCUUACAAUCGUGUAAAGGCAAGGAAGAUAGUUUUGAGGAUGAUAGCUGUGAACCGGAUGGUAUGCCCUGCGAUAUUGUUGGCUCGUGGAACUCCAAUCAGAUGGGCUUACGCUUCGAUAUUUCUCUGAGUAAAGCCGCGGAUCGUCGCCUGGGCGCGGCUGAGAAGAAUAAUAAACUUCUUAGUGUCGAAGUGGGCGAACGUGUGCCACCGCACGCUCAUCAUAUUAUCGAUACCAGCUGGAAGUUCAUGGGGAGCGCACUCAAUCAGCAGGGUGGUCCCUUCUAUCUGUACUCGCAGAAUCGUGACUUAAGCAUAGUGGCUACUUUCGUGGGCUACUGCCGUGUCUGCGGUGCUAUUGAUACCAUAUUCGGCUCGUGGGCGAUUAUGGGUCCCUCGAAGGAUUGUGAGGAUGUUACAACUGCGCUAGAGAAUAGACGUGACAUUUUUCGACGCUACAACAUGGAAAGUAAACGAAACCAACGUUUCAAGGAUAUGCUGUUCGAAAAGAGUGCCUAUGGCAAAUCGGAAUGUGAUGCCAACAAGAAAGGCUGAAUAAUUAUUUAUGACUACUUUUGCAGUUCGUAAUCUCUGUGUUUUCCUUUAAUUUAUUUAUUAUCCCAUAUUAUUAUAUAAUUAA